AUGUCUUCAGCAGCGACUCUCAAGGUCAUUGUAGUUGGUGGCGGCAUCGCCGGCCUGUGUACAGCCAUUGGACUACGCCGUGCUGGCCAUGAUGUCCACCUAUUUGAGAGAGCGCCAACCGCCACAGCUUUUGGCGCCGGGGUUGUUAUCGGCUUUAAUGCUUCAAAGGUGCUCACAUCAUGGGGACUGGACUAUGCAGAGUACCACAUCAACGUUGCCGAGACAUUCAAAAUGGUCAAGGGCGACACUUUCGAGGAGAUAAUGAGUUUCCCGCCCGGCCUAUACGAGAAGCUUGCGGGCGGAAGCCGACAGUACUACGCUCAUCGCAUCGACCUCCAACAAGCCCUGCUCAACCUAGCAACUCAGCAAGAUGGGCCAGGACGGCCCGUGACCAUCAGCUACUCUGCUGAUGUUGCCGCAUACGAGCCCGAUGAAGGGAACAUAACGCUUAGAGAUGGUACAAAGGACAAGGCAGACUUGGUCGUCGCAGCGGACGGGGUACACUCGCUUGCACCUCACCGUCUACUCGGCUCAAACGCUGCCGCUUACGACAUCUCUCACACAGGCACCACCAUCAUCCGUUUCAUGCUCCCCUCCUCUGCCGUUCUCUCCGACCCGCAAACCGCACACCUCAUUGCCUCCUCAGGCCAAUUCACCUGGUUCGUCCACCCUGACCGCAAUCGCUGGCUGCUGCAAUAUCCUGUUCGCGAUAACAGCGAGAUCAACUACGGUAUGUACUCCCGCGUAACCACCCACGAACAGGUCACGGAACAAGUGUCUCGGUUUAAAUGCAAUCGCGAAAGUCUCCGCCGUGAACUCGAAGGUUUUCAUCCGGAUAUCGGAAAGCUUGCGGAGAAAACGAGUGAGAUUUUGCCCGUGUGGAAGCUUGCCGAGAGACCACCCCUUCCGACGUGGUUCAAGGGAAGGCUCGUUGUGGUGGGAGAUGCAGCUCAUCCAAUGCUGCCGAAUCAAGGUCAAGGCGCGGGUAUGUGUAUCGAGGACGCAGGCGCGUUGGGAGCCUUGUUUAGCGAGAUGAGCGAAACCGGUAUAGAGAGUAUCACCAGGAGAUUGGAACUGUUCUUCAAGUUGAGAUAUCCGAGAGCUUCGGCCGUGCAGUUGAUUAGCCAUUGUCCAUAUUUUGAGGAUGCGGUUGGAAUCAUGUGGGCAGAGCUGGUCAAGGUGGCGAAACCACAAGAUUUGCCCAGAGUCAACGACAGGAACAACAUAAGAGAAUGGCUGUUCGCUUACGAUGUGAACUCUGAAGCUGGAAAGAUCCUCAAAACAAAGCAGGACUUAGCACUGGGGAAUGGUCUGGUAUCCUGA